AUGGUUCUCCUAUUGAUCUGUACAUUCCGCGGGACGGUGACCCAUGGUCUGGCUCUGGAGAUAGGAGAGACAGUCCAAAUACUGGAGAAAUGUCAAGGAUGGUACCGAGGAUCCUCCACCAGGAAACCCACAAUCAAGGGGAUCUUCCCAACCAGCUACGUUCACUUGAAGAAGGCCAUUGUAACCAACAGAGGGCAGUAUGAGACAGUGGUAUCACUGGAAGACCCCAUUGUGACAGAGGUGACGUCCACUCUGCAGGAAUGGGCCCUGUCGUGGAAGCAACUCUACGUGAAACACAAGGUGGACUUGUUCUACAAGUUGCGUCACGUGAUGAAUGAGCUGUUUGACCUUCGGAGACAGAUGCUGUCUGGUCACCUGACCCAGGAUCAGUUCAGAGAUGUCAAGAAACACAUCACAGUCCGCCUGGACUGGGGCAACGAACAACUAGGCCUGGAUCUCGUACCCAGGAAGGAGUUUGAGAUGGUUGAUGCAGAACAGAUCAGCGUCUCAGACUUAUACAAAAUGCACCUGUCCAGCAGACACAGUGUCCAGCAAAGCACAACCCAGGCUGACAGUGUGCGUCGGGGUCACGGUGUAGAGCCCUGCUGUAUCCCCGUCCCUCACCACCUGUUCAUCAACCUGAAGAGCUUCACCUACAACACCAUGGGAGAAGAUACAGACAUCUUCUUCUCUCUCUACGACCUCAGGGAGGGGAAACAGAUCAGUGAGAAGUUUAUGGUCAGAUUGAACAAGAAUGGAGGUCCCAAAAAUCCAGAAAAGGUUGACCGACUGUGUGCUCUCUUCACGGAUCUAAGCAAUAAGGACAUGAAGCGGGACCUGUAUAUUGUUUCCCAAGUCAUCAGAACUGGUCGGAUGCUGCUGAAUGACACUAAGAAGGGUCCUCCUCACGUCCAGUACAGAAGGCCGUACGGCUGUGCGGUUCUGGCCAUGAGUGAUGUCCUACAGACCAUCUCAGAACUAAAGGAGGAGAAGGACUUUGUUCUCAAAGUCUACACAUGUAAUAAUGAGAACGAGUGGUACCAGAUCCAUGAAAACAUCAUAAGAAAAUCCAGCACCAAGUACACAGCUCCCAGCACCAACUAUGGUCUGAUCAUCUCUCUCCAGCUACUGCGAGGAGAGAUGGAACAGAUCAGGAGAGAGAACCCAAUGAUCUUCAAUAGAGGCGUGGCCUUGACACGCAAGCUGGGUUUCCCCGAUGUCAUCAUGCCAGAGACGGAGGUAAAUUGGUGUGACAUCCGUAACGACCUCUACCUCACCUUGGAAAGAGGAGACUUUGAGAGAGGAGGCAAGAGUGUCCAGAAGAACAUUGAGGUCUCCGUCUACGUGCUCUUCGCAGACGGAGAAAUACUCAAAGACUGUAUCAGCCUGGGCAGUGGUGAGCCUCACAUCAGUGAACAUCGCUCAUUUGUCCUCUACCACAACAACAGCCCCCGCUGGGGCGAAGUGGUUAAACUACCCAUCCCCAUAGACCGCUUCAGAGGGUCACACCUACGCUUCGAGUUCAGACACUGCUCCACCAAAGACAAGGGGGAGAAGAAGCUGUUUGGUUUUGCCUUCACACCACUGAUGAGAGAGGACGGGACAACGCUGUCAGACGAGAGUCACGAGCUCUUUGUGUACAAGUGUGAUGAGAAUGCUACGUUCAGUAACCAUGCGUUGUACCUGGGUCUGCCCUGCUGUAAGGAGGACUUCAACGGCUGUCCCAACAUUCCCUCCAGCCUCAUCUUCCAACGCAGCACCAAGGAGACCCUCUGGAUCUCCACACAGCUCUCCUCCACCAAGCUCACACAGAAUGUGGACCUGCUUGCGUUGUUGAAGUGGAAGGCCCACCCUGACAGAGUGAUGGACAUCCUGGGGAGACUACGUCACGUCAGUGGAGAGGAGAUCGUCAAGUUUCUUCAAGACAUCUUGGACACGCUGUUUUCCAUCCUGGAUGACAACACUGACAAGUACGGUCCCCUGGUGUUCCAGUCACUGGUGUUCAUCAUUAAUCUGCUGAGGGACAGUAAGUACUAUCACUUCUGCCCCGUCAUGGACACUUACAUCCAGAAGCACUUUGCUGGAGCGCUGGCGUACAAAGAGUUGAUCCGCUGUCUGAAGUGGUACAUGGACCGUUCUGCAGAGGUGGUGAGACAGAACCACAUCCAGGAGGCCAUGAGGGCCCUGGAGUACCUGUUGAAGUUCAUUAUCCAGUCUCGCAUCCUGUACUCCCGUGCUACCUGUGGUAUGGAGGAAGAACAGUUCAGAGCCAGCAUCCAGGAGCUCUUCCUGUCCAUCCGCUUUGUCCUCAGUCUGGACAGCCGCGGCUCUGAGACGCUCGUUUUCACACAGGCGGCGCUAUUGAACUCGUUCCCAGCUAUCUUUGACGAACUGCUUCAGAUGUUUACAGUCCAGGAAGUGGCAGAGUUCGUACGGGGCACGCUGGGCAGUAUGCCAAGUACCGUAAACAUCGGACAGUCCAUGGACGUGGUCAAACUGCAGUCCAUCGCUUGCACCGUCGACAGUCGCCUCUUCUCUUUCCCAGAUUCGCGUAGGAUCUUGCUUCCUGUAGUUCUACAUCACAUCCACCUCCACCUGAGACAGCAGAAAGAGCUGCUCAUCUGUUCUGGCAUCCUCAGCAGUAUCUUCUCCAUCAUCAAGACCAGCUCUUUGGACACCCCAGUGCAGGAGGAGGUAGAGAUGAUGGUGGAGUCUCUCCUGGAUGUGCUACUCCAGACCCUGCUGGCCAUCAUGACCAAGUCUCAGUCCCAGGAGGCGGUAAGAGGCCAUCGCUGCCCGCAGUGCACGGCUGAGAUCACUGGAGAAUAUGUGUCCUGCCUCCUAUCCCUGCUGCGUCAGAUGUCUGACAUCCACUUCAACCAUCUACUGGACAACUUCCAGAGCAAAGAGGAAGUUAAGGAGUUCCUUCUGAAGAUAUUCUGUGUGUUUCGUAACCUGAUGAAGCUCAGUAUUUUUCCCCGGGACUGGAACGUGAUGAGGCUGCUGACCAGCAACACCAUAGUGACAACUGUCCAAUAUCUGUCCCCGGCUUUGCACAAGAACUUCACCGAGGCUGACUUUGAAUUCAAGGUGUGGAACUCAUACUUCAGUCUGGCUGUUCUCUACAUCAGCCAGCCCAGUCUACAACUAGAGAACACCACCCCAGCCAAGAGGACGAACGUGUUGGACAAGUAUGGGGACAUGAGAGUGAUGAUGGCCUACGAGCUGUUCAGCAUGUGGCAGAACCUCGGUGAGAACAAGAUCCACUUCAUCCCAGGUAUGAUAGGUCCCUUCCUGGGUGUGACCCUGGUGCCUCAGGGGGAGGUCAGGAACAUCAUGAUCCCUAUCUUCCACGACAUGAUGGACUGGGAGCAGAGGAAGAACGGAAACUUCAAACAGGUGGAGGCAGAGCUGAUAGACAAGCUGGACAGUCUGGUGUCUGAGGGGAAAGGAGACGAGAACUACAGAGAACUAUUCAGCCUGCUAACCCAGCUCUUUGGGCCUUACCCCAGUCUGCUGGAGAAGAUUGAGCAAGAGACGUGGAGGGAGACGGGAAUCUCCUUUGUCACCUCUGUCACACGGUUGAUGGAACGUCUGCUGGACUACAGGGACUGCAUGAAAGGAGACGAGACAGAGAACAAGAAGAUUGGCUGUACUGUCAACCUGUUGAACUUCUACAAGUCAGAGAUCAACAAGGAGGAGAUGUACAUCCGCUAUAUCCACAAGCUGUGUGACAUGCACCUCCAGGCUGACAACUACACAGAGGCUGCGUUCACCCUGCUGUUGUACUGGGAGCUACUGCACUGGGAAGAGAGGCCUCUAAGGGAUUUCCUCCACUACCCAGCCCAGAGCGAGUGGCAUCGCAAAGAAGGCCUCAGUCGCAAGGUCAUCCACUACUUCAACAAGGGAAAGUGCUGGGAAUACGGGGUACCGUUGUGCAGAGAGCUGGCUUUCCAGUAUGAGACAUUAUACGACUACCAAAGCCUCAGCUGGAUAAGGAAAAUGGAAGCUGCUUACUAUGACAGCAUCAUGGAGCAGCAACGUCUAGAGCCAGAGUUCUUCAGAGUGGGCUUCUACGGACGCAAGUUCCCCUUCUUCCUAAGGAACAAGGAGUUUGUCUGCCGCGGUCAUGACUACGAACGGCUUGAAGCCUUCCAGCAAAGGAUGCUGGGAGAAUUCCCACAAGCCAUUGCCAUGCAGCACCCUAAUCAACCAGACGAGUCCAUCUUACAGUGUGAUGCCCAGUACCUGCAGAUCUAUGCGGUGACGCCGGUUCCGGAGAAUGUCAAAAUUCUCCAAAUGGGCCGCGUUCCAGACCGCAUCAAGAGCUUCUACCGUGUCAACAACGUGCGCCGCUUUCGAUACGACCGGCCCUUCCACAAAGGAUCCAAAGACCGAGAGAACGAGUUCAAGAGCUUGUGGAUCGAGAGGACUACGCUGAUCCUCACACAUCCUCUUCCUGGUAUCUCCCGCUGGUUUGAGGUGGAGAAGAGAGAGCUGGUGGAGGUGAGUCCUCUGGAGAAUGCCAUCUACGUGGUGGAGAACAAGAACCAUGAGCUGCGGACCCUGAUCAGCCAGUACCAACACAAGCAGCUCCAUGGCAACAUCAACCUGCUCUCCAUGUGUCUCAAUGGGGUCAUUGACGCUGCCGUCAACGGGGGCAUCGCCAGAUACCAGGAGGCCUUCUUUGAUAAGGAGUACAUCAGCAGCCACCCAGAAGACACAGAGAAGAUCACUGCCCUCAAAGACCUCAUGCAGGAACAGGUUUACAUCCUGGGGGCGGGGCUUGCGGUCCAUGACAAGCUGGUGCACCCUGAAAUGCGUCCCCUGCACAAGAAGCUGAUAGAUCAGUUCCAGAUGAUGAGGAGCAGUCUCUAUGGUCUGCCGGGACUGGACAAGCUGAGUCCUGCCUGUUCUAGUGUCAGCACCACAAGAGGCAUCCUGGCUACGCACAGCCCCAUGAGCCCUGACAGCUUCAAACUCAUUCACAGGCACAGUCCACUGAAUCUGCUGGGGUCUAUCCGCCAGUCGUCCUCCUCACUGUCCUCUCACACCUCCAGCGAGGCGGGUAACCUGGUGAUCCUGACGGACAGCAUGGUGAUGGAACACCCCGAGGACGUCUACCGUAUGCAGCCCAGUCCUUCGUCCUCCAGUCUGAGCUCCACCCACUCAGCCCCCUCCCAGAUGAUGAACUCUGCCCCCAACAGUAUCAGAGGCUCCCCGUCGCUGCCAGAAAAAUACAGACACAACCGUGAGAUGUUGAUGCUGCUGCCUCUGCACCGUGAGAGACCCAGCUCCGCUAUGUACCCCAACAUCACUGAGAACGGACAGCCAACUAACUUCCAGCGAGCGUUGUUCCACCAGGUGAUUGGUCCGUGCAAGCCCUGUAGCGACCCUAACCUGUCUGUAGCGGAGAAAGUCCUGACCACCCCCAGCUCCUGGAGUCUGGACAGUGGUACCAGAGAGGCGUUGCCAUUCCUGUCCACCCACGUUGGGAGUGUGAUGGCCCCCCCAGUCCCGCCCCGUAGCCUUCCCCAUGGACACUUCUCCAUGAACUUUGAUGCUUUCCACCACCAGAACAACGACCUCCCUCCAGCUCUCCCUGCACGCUCCUCUUUACGAAAGUCACCCCUCCACCCUAUACCUGCCUCGCCCACCAGUCCCCAGUCCCAGUCCGGCCUGGAUGGCAGUAACUCUACCCUCUCUGGCAGCGCCUCCUCCGGCGUCUCAUCCUUGAGUGAGAGCAACUUGUUGGGCCAGUCCUGCUCCACCGAGGCCACUGGAACUACCAGCAGACACCCAGUAGGCACCCUGGACUCUGUCUCCAUUACCCCUAGCACGGUGCACUCUAUCUGGGCCAUAGACGGAGAAGACCUGGGAAUGAACUCCCCCUCUAGUCCCUACCUGCCUGUCCGAUACAGCGUCUCCGAGCCAGAGGUCCUGGAUGGCUCCAAACCCCCUCCCUGCCGUAGCCUCUCCGCCCCUGGGUGGGUCACCCCGGUCAUCACCCCUAUUAUCCCCAUCCUCCCAGAGGCCCACGCCCUAAACAUCCAGAACCUGCCCCACUACCACCAGGAGCCCCCGCCUGCCCUGCCCCCCAAGCCCUACCUGAGAGAGGGGUGUAUCCCUGAGGAAGGGUGUAUUCUCGUGCCCAGGCCCAUGCCACGCAAGAUCUCUCAGCCUCUCAUUACCUCCAAGGAAGAGCAGGCCAAGGUGGCGUGGGAGCACGUCAUCACAGAGGAGUAAAGAGCAGGCCAAGGUGACGUGGGAGCACGUCAUCACAGAGGACUAAAGAGCAGGCCAAGGUGACGUGGGAGCACGUCAUCACAGAGGACUAAAGAGCAGGCCAAGGUGACGUGGGAGCACGUCAUCACAGAGGAGUAAAGAGCAGGCCAAGGUGACGUGGGAGCACGUCAUCACAGAGGAGUAAAGAGCAGGCCAAGGUGACGUGGGAGCACGUCAUCACAGAGGAGUAAAGAGCAGGCCAAGGUGACGUGGGAGCACGUCAUCACAGAGGAGUAAAGAGCAGGCCUGGGGUUUAUUCAGUCAGUGAUGUGAAACUUUGUGAAUGUUUCAGAUAUAAAUAGUGUGAAUAGAGCUGACACCUGAUCCCCCCCCCCCUAUUCCAUCUGACAGACAAUCAUAUCUGUUCUACAUUAUAUAUUUCUAUCUGAAUGUUCUGUAACUUUAUAUCCUUAGAAAUGGUUGGGGCCAGUGUUAGGGCCUGGGUUAGGACCUGUCUCUCUGAGGGGCCAGUGUUAGGGCCUGUCUCUCUGAGGGGCCAGUGUUAGGGCCUGUCUCUCUGAGGGGCCAGUGUUAGGACCUGUCUCCGAGGGGCCAGUGUUAGGACCUGUCUCUCUGAGGGGCCAGUGUUAGGACCUGUCUCUCUGAGGGGCCAGUGUUAGGACCUGUCUCCGAGGGGCCAGUGUUAGGACCUGUCUCUCUGAGGGGCCAGUGUUAGGACCUGUCUCUCUGAGGGGCCAGUGUUAGGGCCUGUCUCUCUGAGGGGCCAGUGUUAGGACCUGUCUCUCUGAGUGGCCAGUGUUAGGGCCUGUCUCUCUGAGGGGCCAGUGUUAGGGCCUGUCUCUCUGAGGGGCCAGUGUUAGGACCUGUCUCUGAGGGGCCAGUGUUAGGACCUAUCUCUGAGGGGCCAGUGUUAGGACCUGUCUCUCUGAAGGGCCAGUGUUAGGACCUGUCUCUCUGAGGGGCCAGUGUUAGGGCCAGUGUUAGGACCUGUCUCUCUGAAGGGCCAGUGUUAGGACCUGUCUCUCUGAAGGGCCAGUGUUAGGGCCAGUGUUAGGACCUGUCUCUCUGAAGGGCCAGUGUUAGGGCCAGUGUUAGGACCUGUCUCUCUGAAGGGCCAGUGUUAGGGCCAGUGUUAGGACCUGUCUCUCUGAAGGGCCAGUGUUAGGGCCAGUGUUAGGACCUGUCUCUUUGAGGGGCCAAUGUUAGGACCUGUCUCUCUGAGGGGCCAGAUAUAUAGAGGGGAAUGCUAAAAAAUGAUGCCCCUCCUCCCACUUCAUUCCUUCUCACAGAGUAUCCUAUUUUGGUAUUGGAGAAUGCUAGAUCUAAAUGUGUUUGUUUGAAAAUGCAUCUUUGGAAUGAUGUAUUUUUCUAUUUUUGAUUUCUUAUUCUUUCAAACGCUUGUCAGAAAGAGAGAAAAAAAAAAGUAUGUUGGAUGUCUUUUUUAUGAAUUGGGUCACUAACUCACACCGAUGACGGGAACUACCUUUUAGAAAACACAUCAUUCUGUGAAUAAAAAGUCAUGUAUUUCAUUAUUUUAUUGAUUGAUAGUUCAGGUCCACAUGCAGGUUUCCAAAUCAUUGCACAAAGGGAACUCAUGUAAAACCAGACAUUUAAACAGACAUUUUAAUGAAUGAAUUGAGUUAAACUGAAGCAAACCUCAGUAGAGUAAAAACCUGUUAGACCGUGACCUCUGUUUUCAGUUUUUUAUUUGUAAUUUUUUUUAUAGACAAGUUGCCCUUUAGCAACUUAAUAAUAAACAUGAAUUAUUAUUUAUUAAUAAUAUAAUAAUACAAUUUAUUAUUACAUUAUUUAAUAAAUGUUAAAAACACAUUUGAUUGUAUUCGCACUUAAAUAUUUCUAUAAAUAAAGAUGGGAUCAGUGACGGGUUUUAUUAGGGUAUAGAGGGGGGAGGGGUUUGGAGAGAUGAUGAUUGAGGUCAGGUGAUGUUUAACAGUAUGGUUUGCUUGUUAUGUUCAUUUCCUGUAAGGGAUGCAUAUUAUUAGCUGACCUUUGUAGUGUUGAUGUAAUGAUGAUACACUCAGCGAUUCAACUGGCUUUUACUGAGAAAAAGAACAAUGGGGAGGGAGAGAAUAGUUUGAUGAAUAGAGAGAGACGGGGGGGGUUUAACGAACUAAUACAAAAUGUCAGGGUCACAUACUCCCAACACUUCUUCCUACUCUGUCACAACUUCCUGUGGCACUGCUCAUCCUCGACAGACGGACGGUCAGAGGCUUAAAUGCUGUGGUAAGGCUUCAUCACACAAGUAGUCGUCUUUAUUGCUGUGUGCUACCUGCCACAGCCAGAUCAGCCAGCCACUAUAAAGAGGUAAGGACAUAACAGUCUGAAGGCUGGUGAAUAAAUGUCCCGUUUUAAAAGGCUGCUCGUGCUCUAUAUAAGGGCUCGGUUGGUUUAUUACUAAAGGUCCGUUUCCCAUUCAGCAUCUUACAUACUACAGUAAAUGGGGCGGCAGGGUAGCCUAGUGAUUAGAGCGUUGGACUAGUAACCGAAAGGUUGUAAGUUCCAAAUCCCCGAGCUGACAAGGUACAAAUCUGUCGUUCUGCCCCUGAACAGGCAGUUAACCCACUGUUCCUAGGCAGUCAUUGAAAAUAAGAAUUUGUUCUUAACUGACUUGCCUCGUUAAAUAAAGGUAAAAUAAAGGUUAAAUAAAGGUAAAAAAUAAAUAAAAACAGUACAACGAAAAGGCUAUAUUUUUAGAGGAGAUGAAAUCUGCAAAUGUAUUGUUAUGUGUAGUUAUAGUUAUAUAUAUUAAUAUUAGAUUAUUUAUAAAUGAAUCCCUAUAUCAUGGAUUGACUGAGGAGAUAAUGAUAAUGACGCAAUGAUGAUGUGAUAAUGACUCGAUAAUGACGUGAUAAAUACUCGCUGAUGACUUGCCAAUGUAUCGAUAAUGACUUAAUAAUGUCUAGAUAAUGACUCAACGAUGACUCGAUAAUGACUCGACGAUGAUUCAAUGAUAACUUGAUAAUAUCAUGAUAACGGUGUGAUAAUGACUUGAGGAUGACUUGGUAACAUCAUUAUAAUGACUCGAUAAUGACUCGAUAAUGACUUGAAAAUGACUGGACGAUAACUCGAUAAUGACUUGAUAAUGACUUGAUAAUGAUGACAUAAAAACAUAAUAAUGUGCUAAGACAAAGGCAUUGAAAGUCACUGUAGCUGCUUGGUGAUGUGCACAAGUGGAAUGACACAUUUAGAUGGGUGAUAUUUAUAGACAAAUGAAUAUUAACUAAUAUAAUUAUAAUUUUAGUUUGAGUUUUUCCCUUUUCAUUUGGUACUUUUACGUGUGCAUGUUCACUCAGUGAAAUAACACACUGGCUACAGAUGUCAGUUCAACGUCUAUUCAAAUCAAAUUGUAUUGGUCGCAAACACAUAUUUAGGUGUAGCAAAAUGCUUGUGUUCUGAGCUCCAACAGUGCAGUAGUAUCUAACAAUACACAACAAACCGACAUGUACACAGUGGGAAAUUAUAUAACCAUGGCUAGUACCACCCAUUGGACUACCAAGGAGCAGAGGGGUCAGAGAGAGAGAGAAGGGACUGUGACCUAAAGACAUCCUAGUUUCUAGUCAUUUAUACUUAUUGACUAUUCAGCCCUGAUCACAAUGUACAGAUUAUUCCACUUUUUGAUUUCUCUAAGCAUCCUCCUCCCUGCCUCCAAUUACUAUCUCUUGUAUCUACCUAGUGAACUGAUCUGCCUUGUUACAACACUGCUGGUGCUUCAUAGUCACAGAUCCUGGAUCAGAUCCUGCUGCUCAUCUCACUCCUUGCUUCUUUCAGCUUGUUGUCCAGGUGUUUUGUUGUGGAUGUCUCUCUCUCUCUCUCUCUCUGUCUCUCUCUCUCUCUCUCUCUCUCUCUCUCUCUCUCUAUAUAUAUAUAUAUAUAUAUAUAUAUAUAUAUAUAUUCAAUUCAAUUCAUUCAAUUCAAGGGCUUUAUUGGCAUGGGAAACGUGUUAACAUUGCCAAAGCAAGUGAGGUAGACAACUGUCUCUCUCUCUCUCUCUCUGUCUCUGUCUCUCUCUCUCUGUCUCUCUCUCUCUCUGUCUCUCUCUCUGUCUCUCUCUGUCUCUGUCUCUCUCUCUCUCUAUCUCUCUCUCUCUCUCUCUCUCUCUCUCUCUCUCUCUCUCUCUGCAUACAGUAGACCUACACUCUGUGGUUUGGGAUAGUUUUCUCAUGUCAUCCUGUCCUCCUGUUGUUAUGUCCUCCUGUUGUCAUGUCCUCCUGUUGUCAUGUCCUCCUGUUGUCAUGUCCUCCUGUUGUUAUGUCCUCCUGUUGUUAUGUCCUCCUGUUGUCAUGUCCUCCUGUUGUCAUGUCCUCCUGUUGUCAUGUCCUCCUGUUGUUAUGUCCUCCUGUUGUUAUGUCCUCCUGUUGUUAUGUCCUCCUGUUGUCAUGUCCUCCUGUUGUCAUGUCCUCCUGUUGUCAUGUCCUCCUGUUGUUAUGUCCUCCUGUUGUCAUGUCCUCCUGUUUUCAUGUCCUCCUGUUUUCAUGUCCUCCUGUUGUCAUGUCCUCAGGUUGUCAUGUUUUCCUGUUGUCAGGUCCUCCUGUUGUCUUUUCCUCCUAUUGUCACUUUCUCGUGUUGUCAUGUUCUCAUGUCCUCAUGUUGUCAUGUUCUCAUGUCCUCCAGCUGUCAUGUUUUCAGUACUCCAGCUGUCAUGUUCUCAUGUCCUCCAGCUGCCAUGUCAUGUCCUCCAGCUGUCAUGUACUUCUGUUGUCAUGUCCUCCAGCUGUCAUGUACUUCUGUUGUCAUGUCCUCCAGCUGUCAUGUACUCCUGUUGUCAUGUCCUCCAGCUGUCAUGUUCUCAUGUCCUCCAGCUGUCAUGUUUUCAGUACUCCUGUUGUCAUGUUGUCAUCUCCUCCAGCUGUCAUGUUUUCAGUACUCCUGUUGUCAUGUUGUCAUGUCCUCCAGCUGUCAUGUCCUCCAGCUGUCAUGUACUCCUGUUGUCAUGUUGUUAUGUCCUCCAGCUUUCAUGUUCUCAAGUCCUCCAGCUGUCAUGUUAUCAUGUCCUCCAGCUGUCAUGUUGUCAUGUCCUCCAGCUGUCAUGUCCUGCAGCUGUCAUGUUCUCAGGUCCUCCUGUUGUCAUGUUCUCAGGUCCUCCUGCUGUCAUGGAAGAUUCUAUCAUAUAUAUUUCCUCUUUCUCAGAAGGGACAUGGCUACUGUAGGUGCAUGUCUCCUAAUGUAGAAUUACUUUUAUUUUUAAAUGAAUCGACUGACUUUAAUUUAUUUUCUAAUGCUUUUGUAUAGCUAAUGUAUUCCAUAUAUAACAAUGUCAUACAUAUGAUGAAAUUGUGUAUUUAUUAACCCCCCCUAUAACACACUCAAAACAAUGUCACACUACUACUGUCCGUCUAGGUUGUUUUGUGUCCGUUAUGUGAGGAUUGUACUCUUUGUGAUGAUGGGAGGUAGGGAGCGUUAAAAGUACAUAAGGUUAUUCACUGGUUGUGAGAGAGAGGGGGACUCAGACAGAGAGACAGACACCGCCAGCUGGCUCCCUUCCAGGCUCAUACAAGCAAAGGGGUUAAUCAGCCAAUCACAUGGUCAGCAAAGAGGUGCUCUCCCUCCCUCCCUCCCCUGCAGGUUCAUCAUUUCACCUCCAGGCCUGCUGCCGCUCCUAAUCUACUGACACUAAUCCUGAUUUCUGAGUGUAAGAGGAUGUAAGAGUGUUAAUAUAGUCACUAGUGGUAAGCGUGCGUAAUGUAUUUGAUUAGAUAGUGUGUCCUCCACAGAUGGUAUAAGCCAGUGCAACACCAUUAGUUCGUUUUUAAUUAGCAACUAUAUCUCUAUGAGCAAUGUUGCUGAAAUAGCAGGAAUUCCCCCUCAUGUUUCCCAUGUAAUUUAUACAUGCAUACUCAUGAAUAGCAUGCUUUCAGAGCCAAAAAUACAUAACGGAACAUGUUAUGCGUAAGACCUAUGACCUAUGCAAAGCCUCUCAAUUUAUUUGAUUUCUACAAAUGGCGGUUACAAAUGGCAGUUACAAAUGGCGGUUACAAAUGGCGGUUACAAAUGGCAGUUACAAAUGGCGGUUACAAAUGGCAGUUACAAAUGGCAGUUACAAAUGGCGGUUACAAAUGGCAGUUACAAAUGGCAGUUACAAAUGGCGGUUUACAAAUGGCGGUUUACAAAUGGCAGUUACAAAUGGCAGUUACAAAUGGCGGUUACAAAUGGCGGUUUACAAAUGGCAGUUACAAAUGGCGGUUUACAAAUGGCAGUUACAAAUGGCAGUUACAAAUGGCAGUUACAAAUGGCAGUUACAAAUGGCAGUUACAAAUGGCAGUUACAAAUGGCAGUUACAAAUGGCAGUUACAAAACAGUUUUGCAAUCAUUCCAGUUGUUGUUCCCCAGACCACCUCGUCAGGCUCUUCUCUCUCUCUCUCUCUCUCUCUUCUGUAAGUAGUUAUAACUAGGCUGUGGAUUCAUAAGGUUUUAAAGGGUCCAUGUAUAGAUUGGGAUUAUUAAUUGUCUGCCUUGUACUUUCUGAUGUAAAUGUUUUUUUGUUCUUUUUUAACCUUUAAAAAAAAAAAGACAAAAAUAUUUUGACUUCUUUCAUUUUCCUUCAUUAUUUUGUGUGUUUUUCCAUCAAAGAUCAGACAAAUCUGUCGGCUACUUCUACGGCAAAUUACUCCAAAGUAAUUUAUUGUAUAUAUUGUGUUAGCAUGAAUCAACAGUGAUGUGGAUUGUAGAUGUAAAUACAACACAUGUUUUUUUUCUCCUGUGAUGUGGAAUUCAUUUAUUAUUGAUAAUAAUGCUAAACAUUAAAGAUCUUGUUUUAUUGGCUCA